AUGAAGUUAGCAGUCGUUGCUCUCCUCACUGCUGUGCCAGCCAUUGUGGCUGCCCCGAGACCUGAGGUCAACUCUGGAUCCUCUAGUGCGCCAGCCAGGCGUGGGGAGCAUGUUCCCUCCAGGCGAGCUUAUCCAAUUGACAGGCAUUCCAGGAGGUGGAAUGCCUAUACCCGCGAUGCUUACCGCCGCCGGGUUGAGUACGAUUCUGAUGAAGAAGAGUACUCGAGGCCCGUAAGCGACAGCCGCGGAGGACGUGGGGGUGGGCGUGGGCGCGGAGGUAGCAGUGGAGGACCAGGUCGUGGUGGUCAUCCUGGAGGUGGUUCAAGUGGUUCAGGCGGCCGACCUGGUAGUCCUACAGGUGGUAGACCAGGUGAACAUCCAGGUGGUGGACCAAGACCUGGUCGACCUGGAGAUCAACCUGGAGGUCAUCCUGGCGGAGGAAAGCCAGGUGGUCAACCUGGUGAUCGACCUGGAGACCAACCUGGAGGUCGUCCUGGCAAUCAGCCUGGAGGUCAUCCUGAAGGCCCAGGAGGAGGAAGACCUGGUAGCCCUGGAGGACAGCCAGGCGGUGGUCGACCUGGAGACCAUCCUGGAGGUCGACCUGGCAAUCAGCCUGGAGGUCAUUCUGAGGGCCCAGGAGGAGGAAAGCCAGGCGGUCAACCUGGUGGUCAUCCUGAAGGCCCAGGGGGAGGAAAACCAGGUAGUCCUGGAGGACAGCCAGGCGGUGGUCGACCUGGAGGUCAACCUGGAGGAGGAAAGCCGGGUGGUCAGCCAGGUGGCCCAGGAGGAGGCAAGCCAGGAGAUCAGCCAGGUGGAGGAAAGCCAGGUGGCCCAGGUGGUGGAAAGCCAGGAGAUCAGCCUGGAGGAGGCAAGCCAGGUGGUCAACCAGGUGGCCCUGGAGGAGGAAAGCCAGGAGAUCAGCCAGGUGGAGGCAAGCCAGGUGAUCAACCAGGUGGCCCCGGAGGAGGAAAGCCAGGUGGUCCUGGAGGAGGUCAGCCAGGUGGCCCAGGAGGAGGAGGAAGUCAACCCGGCGGUGGAAGCCAGCCUGGUGGAGGAAGUCAACCCGGAGGUGGCAGUCAACCCGGAGGUGGCAGUCAACCCGGAGGUGGCAGUCAACCCGGAGGUGGCAGCCAGCCAGGAGGAGGUGGUGGAAGCCAGCCAGGAGGAGGUGGAGGAGGUGGUAGUCAACCCGGUGGUGGAGGAAAACCUGGUGGAGGAACCCAACCAGGUGGCGGCGGUAAACCCGGUGGUGGCAAGCUCUGA